AAUUCCUGGCAGGCAGUGGCAGUGUUUUAUCUGACCGUCCCCACUCGCACGCUGAGGUGAUAUGAUCGCGGUAAAUUCAUUAAAUUGCCGUUUCUCCGUGUCAGUUCCCAGCAGGCAUCUCCCAAGCCGCCUCUCCAGAGCGAGGACCCCGCUCAGCCAUGUCGCCAGGCUCGCGGUCUCCGCCGAGGAACAGCCGUGUCGGUAAAAAGAAAAAGAGGAGAAACAGCGACGACAGCAGCAGCAGCAGCAGCAGCAGCAGCUCGGCCUCGUCCGACAGCUCGGACAGUGAUCGCAGGACAUCCCGGGAUUGCAGGUGGAAAGAGCGGAACCGGGCGGACAGUCCGGGGAGGGACACUUACCGGAGAGGGAACCGUGCGGACAGUCCGGGGAGGGACACUUACCGGAGAGGGAACCGGUGUAACAGCCCUUACCGGGCACCGAGUGGUAACUGGUCUAAUACCCGGGAGAACAAAGCACUGAGAGGCAACCGGUCUAAUAGCCGUGAUAGAGCAUCCAGAAAGAACUGGUCGCCUAACAGGGAAGACAGAGAACCGAGAGGGAACCGGUCUAAUAGCCGGGAGAACAGGGCACCGAGACGGAACCGGUCUAAUAGCCCGAAGAACAGGGCACCGAGAGGGAACCGGUCUAAUAGCCGGGAGAACAGGGCACCGAGAGGGAACCGGUCUAAUAGCCGGGAGAACAGGGCACCGAGACGGAACCGGUCUAAUAGCCGGGAGAACAGGGCACCGAGAGGGAACCGGUCUAAUAGCCGGGAGAACAGGGCACCGAGACGGAACCGGUCUAAUAGCCGGGAAAACAGGGCACAGAGAGGGAACCGGUCUAAUAGCCGUGAUAGAGCACCCAGAAAGAACCGGUCGCCUAACAGGGAAGACAGAGAACCGAGACGGAACCGGUCUAAUAGCCAUGACAGAGCACAGAGAGGGAACCGGUCUAAUAGCCGGGAGAACAGGGCACCGAGAGGAAAGAGGUCUAAUAGCCGUGACAGAACAUCGAGAGGACGUCGGUCUCACAGCCGGGAGAACAGGGCACCGAGAGGGAACCGGUCGCCUAACAGGGAGGACAGAGCACCGAGAGGGAACCGGUCUAAUAGCCGUGACAGAGCACCGAGAGGUAACCGGUCGCCUAACAGGGUGGAUAAACCACAGAGAGGACACCGGUCCGGUAGCAGUGAAAACAGGGCACCUAGGAGACACUGGGAGGAUAAAGCACCGGGCAGGAGGCGUUCUGGUAGUAGGGAGAAAAAAGCCCCAAUAGGAUACCAGUCCGGUAGCCGAGAGGGGAAGGUACCAGACAGGAGGCAGUCUGGUAGCCUAGAGAAGAAGGUACCGGGCAGGAGUCGGUCCUGUAGCAGUGAGAAGGCCCCGAGAGGGUACCGGUCCGGAAGUAGCGAGGAGAAGGCAAGGCGGACAUAUCGGUCCGGUAGCCGGGAGGAGAAGGUAACAGACAGAAGCCGGUCCGGUAGCCGGGAGAAGGUGGUACCGGGCAGGAGGCGGUCCUGUAGCAGUGAGAAGGCCCCGAGAGGGUACCGGUCUGGUAAUAGCGAGGAGAAGGCAAGGAGGACAUAUCGGUCCAGUAGCCGGGAGGAAAAGGUUCCAGGCAGGAGGCGGUCCUGUAGCAGUGAGGAGAAGGUCCCGGGCAGGAGGCGGUCCUGUAGCAGUGAGGAGAAGGUUCCGGGCAGGAGGCGGUCCUGUAGCAGUGAGGAGAAGGUUCCGGGCAGGAGGCGGUCCUGUAGCAGUGAGGAGAAGGUUCCGGGCAGGAGGCGGUCCUGUAGCAGUGAGGAGAAGGUUCCGGGCAGGAGGGGGUCCUGCAGCAGUGAGGAGAAGGUUCCGGGCAGGAGGGGGUCCUGUAGCAGUGAGGAGAAGGACCCGAGAGGGUACCGGUCCGGUAGCAACGAGGAGAAGGUACCGAGACAGUACAGGUCUGUUAGCCGGGAGGAGAAGGUACCGAGACAGUACCGGUCCGGUAGCAGAGAAGGCAGAGUACCGAGCAGUGAGGAGAGGCGGCCGCCAAGCUCAGAGAGUGAUGGCAGUCCAGGGAGGAGGGAGCACCAGACUCGGUCCAGUAGUCAGGAAAGCUCCGGGAGAAGACAGAGGAGAGGCCGCAGAUCCAGGUAAACACAGACAUGGAGGGAAAUAAUCAUAACAUGUAAAUACCAUUGUUAAUAUUAUUAAUGCACACAGGUAAAUGCCAAUAUUGUUAUUAUUGCACCCAGCCUGGUAUUUGGGUUUGGUGGUUUAUGCAGGCAUACAGCCAUUCUCCAUAACCAAGUGUCUUUAUUUGAGAGGGAUAGUCCCUAUUUUGGGUCCUUUUUUCUAGGAGCUCCAUAUUGUUAAAAGGAUACAUUGUUCGUGUUCUAUAUUACAUUGCAGUUGCAAAAAUAGUUAUUAGUGAGUCACCUAAAACUUCUCACCUGUCCAUAUCCCCAAUCACACCACUAAAAUUAAAGUGUCCCUCUUUGUCCAUUAGCAGUAUGUACAACACACUGAUUAAGCAGUUUGGCAAGUCAGUGGUUAAGGUCUGUAUUGUCCUUAUGGUGCCUAAGCAUCAAAGGAAAUGAACUCCAACACAAUCUGAAAGCCAAGCUAUCUCCGUUAUAACACAUUGUUAGGUGAGAUCUAGUUCUUAAUUGUUCAGGUGGUGGUGGUGGUGUUAUUAUUAGCAUUUAUAUAGUGCCAACUGUCUCCACAGCGUUUUACUAUGCUAUAAAGAUUAUGAAUUAAACAAUUGGAUUAUCAUACGAAGUAGCGAAUACAAAAGUAACAUUUUUAUUUUUUGUUACACUGCUACUUUUGUCUAAAAGCAUGUCUUUAAUUACAUAUUUGUUGCAAGAAGAACUACUAAGAGGAAUUCAGAUAUGCCAACCGUGUCACAUCCAGAUGCUCUAUCGGAUUGUAAUAUAAAGAAAAUUAAUCCAUGCAUUUCUAACUUGGUUUAAACUUGUUAUUUUAGGUCAGAUUCUGAAGAAAGGCAGAAACGAAAGGCACGGAGCAGAGACCGAGAACAGAGAAGGAAAAAGGAGCGCCGUUCUUCAUCUCCUUCCGAGGAUGAAGCCACCAAGAAAACGCAAAGAAAGAAGAGAGUAAAAAGGUCCAGGUCAAGGUGCUCUGUGUCGUCGGUCACAUCUCCAUCGCCAGCAAGGUCACAGGAGUCAUGCGUUAGCCUCCAGGAGCGUAUAAAGCAAAAAGAGGAUAAGAAAAAUAAAGAAGAGAUGAUGAAAGCUAUGGAAACCCCAGAGGAAAAGCGAGCCAGACGUUUGGCAAAGAAAGAAGCAAAGGAGAGGAAGAAAAGAGAGAAGAUGGGCUGGGGGGAAGAGUACAUGGGAUACACUAAUACAGACAACCCAUUUGGAGAUAAUAAUCUUUUGGGCACCUUCAUCUGGAACAAGGUUAGCUAUAUCACUUUUGAUUUAUCAAUAGUAUCUGCUUCCCUACCUACACUGUUGGGAGCUAUAGUGCUAGGAAAACAUGUUUUCUUAGCACUAUAGUAGGGGUGCCCAAAAAGUAGAUCCCCAGACAUGGAACUACAACUCCCAUGAUGCUUUGAAUGCCUUAUGAAUGGCAAAGAAUCAUGAAAGCUGUAGUUUUUUAAAACAUCUGGGGGAUCUACCUUUUUUGCACCCCUGCACUCUAGUUUCCCUUUAAAUCUCAAUGUGUAAAGGACAUCUUCCCACUUUCAACUUUGUGUGUGUGUGUGUGUGUGUGUGUGUGUGUAUGUGUAUGUGUGUAUAUAUAUAUAUAUAUAUAUAUAUAUAUAUCUCUCAUAAAACUGGCCUUGUCUCGGUCCUCGUUUGGGUUAUCUAUAAAAUGUGGACCACUGCAGUUCACAGAGGACGUAUUUGUGUCGUGCUGCUUUUAAACAAAUUGAAAAAUAGACAACAUAAAGGAAAACUUCAUGCUCCAUAGCCACUAUAGCCCGUUGUAAUGGUUAUGGUGCCAGGAGGGCCAUGGCGCUCUCGGAGGGUGAAUAGUCAAGCUGUUUAACAAUGAGGGUUUAACAAUUUACAGGUUGUCCAUCUGACACCUGUAAUGGCACUUUUUGUGUAUUCGCCAGUGACUAAUUAUUCACCAAGAAAAUUUAUUCUUCUCUUUUCUGCAGGCGCUAGAGAAGAAGGGAAUUGGACACCUUACAGAAAAGGAUCUUAAGGAUAGGAAUAAAUCGAUCCAAGAAGACAAUCGCUUAGAGCUGCAGAAGGUAUUAAGAUGUAAUCCAGAAUGCAGACAGUGCAUUAGAUGCACUGUAUUAAGUGUACUACACUCCAUUAGUUAUUUUUUUUUGUGGUGUCUAAUGUUCUGCGUUUGCUAGACCUGAAGUAUGAUUACUUUGUCUUUUGUUUAAUUUUAAGGUCAAACAACUUCGUCUGGAGCGUGAGCGAGAGAAGGGCAUGCGAGAGCAGGAAUUGGAGAUGUUGCAGAGAGAAAAGGAGGCCGAACAUUUUAAGACUUGGGAAGAACAAGAAGAUACAUUUCAUCUACAACAAGCCAAACUGCGGUAUGAACAUGGAUGUUGCGUGUGUGUAAUUGCUAUAGUCUGUUUCAUUAUUUUAGGGUAUUGAAGUACUUUUAAGCUUUUUAGAAAACAAGUGCAGCCAGAUAGGCACAAUUUUAUUUAUAUUUUUUUCCUCUUUAUUUCUUCAUUAGUGGCAUGAAAGCAUUCUUCACAGUAAUGGCCUCUAAAUUUCCUGUGAUUAACGUUUCGUUGCAUUAUCAUGCCUUUCAAUCACAGGAAUGUUAUAGUGCCUCUGUCCCUACUUCAAUAUAGGUCUACCCCCCAAAAACAAAUUAUAUUACAGUUUUACUUGCCUUUUUUUCAGCACUGACACUUUUUAUGCGCUGCUCACCUCCCUUAAUGUCGGUGAGAAGGAAUGGCCUUUGUCACGGCAAGGGUGUAUAAUUUAUUAUUACACUAUGGAAUAUCAUCUUUUAAUGUAAUUUGUGUAGAAAAUGUCACAAAUUACAGAGAUGCUAUUGCUGAGGUCAACAGGGGUUACAUCUUUUGAAGCUGGGACCCCCACAGAGGUCAGAUGACAGAAGGGGUAGUGUGAAUGGCAUAGCAAUGUGAAAAGGAUUUUACUAUAUGGAUGUGAAGUAAUCCAUGAUCUGCAAGGUGUGAGGUUCUACACUUGGAAAAAGUCUGAAUGUCUCUUCAUCCAUUUGGCAUGUACCUUGUAAAGGAUAGUUCAAUCAUUUGAAAUGGUAAUGGGAUUUGUUUCAUGAAGAUCCUUGUGUUACAGUAUCUUAUCCAAGUGAAACAUUCAUACUUACCCACAGAUUAAUAAUUAAGCCUCAUUUUUAUUAUAUUUGGAAUGGGACAAGCCCAAUCUUUUAAUUAAGCCCAAACCUGAGUUGCACAACUUUAAACCGUGUGGCAGGACUUGUGAUGUCUGUCGUAUUGGAUCGUGGGUGGGGCGUGCAACAUGUCUUUGGAAUGGGAAAACAAUAACAAAUUCAUAGAGGCAAUUAUUAUUUCUGUGGCAAGUACAGUAGAGGAGAUAAAACCAAAAGUUUGUAUGUGGGUUGUUGGUUUCUGGAACAAAGGAGGUGGUCACUUAGUAUCCACCCCUGGAUGAGGCGUGUCAAUUCACAGGGUAUAUCUCCUGUGAUUCUGAAGGGUGUUUGUGUACUUGCUUGGGUCCAAGAUUUAAUUUUGAGUGAGUCACCAUCUUUCCUUGCCAGAGACCCCCUGGACAGAAGUUGUACUUUGAAAAAACCUAAGUGAGUAAUUAGGACUUCUGUGUUUUAUCCUUUUUGUUUUUACUUGUUGUUGGUGUAAAUAAUUUGUUUAUCAUAUAUUGUUAUAUGCACUGUGACUAUCUUUUGCUCAUAAUAAAUAUUCAUUUAUUAAGUUUUGCCUUUGUCUGGUUAAGAAUCACGUUACCUGAAGAGAUUAGUUAGUAUUUUUGUAAUUCCUUGAAUAUUGUACUAAGUAAUAUUUGGUGGGUUUUAUUGUUGAUUUACCUGGGGGACCAAUGCACCCCAUUUAUAAAUUGUCUUGGUGGUGGCAGCGUUAAAUAGUUAUAUUAUUAUGUCUAAGUGUCGGUGGUGUUAAAGGGGGAUUUUGUCAUUAUUUCCGGUCUAGUGCAGACAAAUAGUGAACUUUAACCCUUUCACAACCACAACUACGUCACGCGCACUCUUGGAGUAGGGUGUGUUCGUGACAGCCUUCUCUGGCAAUAGUCAUAGAGGGGCACUGGAGACCUGAUGCGCAUGCGCUGCGAGGGUCACACGCACAGCCAAACUUUCCCAUAGGAAAGCAUUGUAUUCACUCGGUCAGUGCAGUCAGAAGUGCAUAAUGGCAGCCACUAGAGGUGUAGUUAAAGGACCACUAUAGUGCCAGGAAAACAUACUCGUUUUCCUGGCACUAUAGUGCCCUGAGGGUGCCCUCACCCUCAGGGACCCCCUCCCGCCCGGCUCUGGAAAGGGGGAAAGGGGUUAAAACUUACCUUUUUCCAGCGCUGGGCGGAGAGCUCUCCUCCUCCGUUCCUCCCCAUCGGCUGAAUGCGCACGUGCGGCAAGAGCUGCGCGCGCAUUCAGCCGGUCGCAUAGGAAAGCAUUCUCAAUGCUUUCCUAUGGACGCUGGCGUGCUCUCACUGUGAAAAUCACAGUGAGAAGCACGCAAGCGCCUCUAGUGGCUGUCAAUGAGACAGCCACUAGAGGAAAUAGGGAAAGGCUUAACCCAUUCAUAAACAUAGCAGUUUCUCUGAAACUGCUAUGUUUAUGAAAAAAUGGGUUAACCCUAGCUGGACCUGGCACCCAGACCACUUCAUUAAGCUGAAGUGAUCUGGGUGCCUAGAGUGGUCCUUUAACCCUGCAGUGUAAACACUACUGUUUUUUUCAAAAUGUUUUUUAUUUAUUUUUUAUUGCAAGGUUAAAAGGGCAGGGCCACUGCAUCUAGACCACUUCAUUGAGAUACUAUAGUGGUAAUUUAAUCUGAUUAUUUAGAUUUUGAUCAUGACCUUUUUUCUUUUUAAUCAUCUCUUCAUCUUGUAGCUUAUUAAACAUUUCUCAGCCUUUGUCGCAUAUUAGCGUCUCUUCUCAGCAAUGACUUGUCAUUAUCUUGCUUUUGAACAAGCUAUUCCGUGCAAGUACUGUACUAAAACAAAACAAUGUGUCCGCAGAGGGUGCCAUUGAUUUAAAAAAAAAAUGUUAGACAUUUGACAAAAACACAAACUAAGUUAAAAAGAUAUGAAGGACAUAGCAUCCCUAGAAGCAAACAUGAUUGUGUAGCAUGUACUUCAUUUAUAUACUGUAUACCCAGUCACAUGCCAUCCUUUAUGAAAGGGAUAUAUAAUCUAACCCAUCACAACCAGCAAGUGUGACUCUUCACAAAAUCAAAGAGUAAAAAGGAGCCUGAGGAUCAAACUCCAUGGGCAAAGUCAUAGCUCAGGAUUUUUAACAUCAUUGUAUUUUCGUUUAUUAGUUCCAAGAUCCGCAUCCGAGAUGGCCGUGCAAAACCCAUUGACCUUCUGGCAAAAUACAUCAGCGCAGAAGACGACGACUUGGCUGUGGAAAUGCAUGAACCUUACACUUUCUUGACUGGACUCACUGUGUCUGACCUGGAAGACUUGCUGGAAGAUAUUCAGGUGUGUGCCACAGUACUCGCAGUAGGAAUAACAUUUAUUUUAAUAUAGCAAUAAUGAAACUGUCAAAAUAACCUUUGCAAUGUGUGUGAUGCCAUCGUCAUGCAUUCCAAGUCGGAAAUUUACCCGUCUUGUUUUGCUUUUCCCCCCUUCUCUUCUGCUCAGUUUUGCUUAUUUUCAUUUUAUACAUUUUAUAAAACAAAAAUCGUGUAUUUAGAUAUCCUUUUUUUUAAAUUUUGUUGUUCUUAUAUUUUGGACUGUGAAGAGUACUGUUUAACUACCAUUAUUAGAAAGCAAUACGGCCUUUGCAUCUUUCAUUUUAUUGUGCUUUCUUUAUUGCCUUUUUGCUCUUUAGAUCUACAUGGAAUUGGAGCAGGGGAAGAAUGUGGAUUUUUGGAGAGAUAUGACCAUCAUCACAGAGGAUGAAAUCUCCAAGUUACGCAAGCUGGAAACAUUCGGGAAGGGACCAGGUUAGACAAAAUUAGUAUUUUUGUUUUGGGUAGGGCUUUGCUUAUUCUAGUCGUUUGAAUUAACACAUGAACAAAAUAACCGAAUCAGAGCAUUUUUUCCAAGUGGCUACUUUAGCCUAAAAUUUGCAGUUUCCCUGGUCUCUGAAUUGCUGGUUUAGUGAAUAAACCUAUGUGCAUUUGGUUAUGCAGUCUUCUAGUAACAUGUGAAACAUUUUUGGUUUGUAUACGCACUAUAUAUUCAGUUGUGAAAUCUUGCAAAACUGGUGAAGUUCUAAAAUAUGCUAUUCUGAGAACUAGCUUCUCACUCUGCUUCAAAAAUAGCUGCUAAUUUCUAGUAUUUUGUCCUAUAAUGUGCAAUUCUCUUUUUUGAUUUUCCCACAGUGGGAUGUUUUGCAAGAGUACUUGAGUGAAAGACUGUGUUUGCAUAUAGAAAGGUUUUUUUUAAAUUGAAUUGGGUAUAGCAUCUGUGUUUCUUAAUGCAGAAGUAUCUGUAAAGUGACAUUUUGUGUAAAUGAGAAUUUGUAUGUGUUGGCAGUGUGUGUGUGUUUUAAUUCAGAGUUAUUUUACAAACGAUUUUUCCACAAAUACAAGUAUCUGAAGACAGUGGUGUCUAGGUAUUCAGUGUUUGUUUGUGGAGCGAUGCUCCCUCACUUUCAGUUUGACUUUCACCACGUGCUCAUAUCUUUGUGCCCCAAUAUCCCUCCCAUCAUAAUACUAGAGUGUGGCUAUUUCUGAAUGGAGGCUGCUUGCCUGUGUUUUUGCGGCUGCUUCAUAACUAAACUUGUAGAAUGUGAUGGAAGUGCUGCCAGUUAACCAGGGAUGUGGCAAUAGGAAAGACAGCACAAGAAAUAAUGUUCACUGGUGUAGGUUGGAAAAAGCUGUCAACUUCACGUACAGUAGGCAGGAAGGUUAAAGGGACACUAUAUUGCUCCAAACAACCUUAGCUUAAUGAAGCAGUGUUCUAUAUAUAUUCUUUAUUUUGUCAUAGUAUAACAAUGCAAUACAAGACAGACAUAAAAGGAAAUGUUUGCAUGGACACUAGGUUGACAAAUGUGGCAGCACCCGGUACAUAUAAGGAGCAAAGGGAGGUAAUGAACAGAUAGCGGUCUUCUUUAAAUGUUUUCUCCCAAUAUAUAUGUGUGUAUAUAUGUUAUAAACCUCGUUUUUUUUUAUCUUUGUUUUAUGAUAAUAGCUUGUCUGCCAUAUAUUAUAGAAGUAGAGUAUAAUUAGGGAAGCUUAGCGAACAUAGGAGACACUGAUGCCGGUAAUCAGGUUACAUUGUUCUGAUAAGGCAUGGUUUCGAGUGAUAUCCAUGCUUUUGAGUUAAUGAAGCAGUUUUUGUGUAUAGAUCAUAUACAAAACCAGUUUCUCUGAAACUGCUAUGUUUACAUCUGAAGGGUUAAAACCUAGGGGACCCGGCACCCAGACCACUUCAUUGAGCUGAAGUGGUUUGAGUGACUAUAGUGUCCCUUUAACUUAUUUUGUGUUUUUGUCACUGCUCAAUUCUCUGCCGUUUAGGAGUUAAAUCGCUUUUGUUUUUGUCAAUGCAACCCUAGCCACACCUCCCCUAGCUGUGACUGACACAGCCUGCAUGGAAAAAAUGGUUUCAUUUUCAAUCAGAUGUAAAUUUAUAUUAAAAUGUUUUAUCUCCUGCUCUGUAAAUUGAACUUUAAUUACAUACAGGAGGGUCCUGCAGGGUCUAGCAAGCUAUUAACAGAGAAGGAGAUAAGGAAUUGUAAAGGAAGCAUAAACAUUAGAUAACUUGUUACAAGAUGUUUUUAGAAAAGCUGUGUAAGUCAAAUGCAGGGAGGUGUGACUAGGGUUCAUAAACAACGUGAUUUAACUCCUAAAUGCCAGAGAUUUGAGCAGUGAGACUGCAGGAGCAUGAUCUAUACACAAAAACUGCUUCAUUAAGCUAAAGUUGUUUUGGUGACUAUAGUGUCCCUUUAAGGACCUCUUCUGAGCACUUUGCUGAUCAUAUUGCUUGUUUGAACUGAACCAUAAAAUGUUUAUAACAUCCUGUAUACUGAUCUCCAGUUUAUAUUUCUGCAUUGCACAGGUGAAAGACGAGAAGGGGUAAAUGCCUCUGUCACCACCGAUGUACAGGCUGUAUUUAAAGGCAAGACAUACAACCAGCUUCAGGUGAUUUUUCAAGGAAUCGAAAGCAAGAUUAGAAAAGGAGGACCGAACCUGGAUAUUGGGUAUUGGGAGAGUCUCCUGCAGCAGCUUCGGGCUUACAUGGCCAGAGCUAGGUAAAGAACAUUUUGUGUGUUGGGACUCCCAAUGCUGUCCACAAAGACAAGUUGAAUGGCUUGUUAAGAAUUCAGUAAAAUUGGCAGACUGAUUCAUAUUUAUUUAUCUUUUCGCUGAUUUUUAGGCUUCGAGAGAGACACCAGGACGUCUUGCGUCAGAAACUCUUCAAACUGAAGCAAGAGCAGGGUGUGGAAAGCGAGCCUCUCUUCCCCAUUAUAAAACAGGAGCCUGAAUCACCUAAUGACAGGUACGAACCAAAAGAUGUUCACAAAAUUAGAGAAUAGCUGCAGUUUAAAAGAUUUUCAGUUUUGUGAUUGACAAUAAAAUAAAAUGUAACCUGAAUACCAUCUGAUUCUUAAGUCAAGAAUGAAAAAAAAACUAAUCUCCUUCCCUGCUUUAAAAAAAAAAACAAUUUGUGUGUGUGUGUGUGUGUAUGUGUAUAUAUGUAUGCGUGCGUGUGUGUGUGUGUAUGUAUGUAUGUAUGUAUAUAUAUAUAUAUAUAAUCUAUCUAUCUAUAUCAUGUGUUAACUGGUUUGUCUUAACACUGAAACUAUAACAUUUGUAAUUGACUAUCUCAUCUACUGUAAACAUGUCUUCCAAGGCCAGACCAGGGAGAGUCUGCCUCAGAGCAACCUGGCUCAUCCUCUGCAGCCAAUGCCCCAGAGGAUUCUAGCAGUGCCCAAGAAGGUGAUGGCAAGGGUGAAGGUGGGGAGUCUGUACUCAUGGAAGAAGACCUAAUCCAGCAGAGCCUCAAUGAUUAUGAUGCUGGAAAAUACAGCCCAAAGCUGCUAAGUAAUCAGGAGCUGCCUUUUGAUGCUCAUGUAGUAGACUUUGAAGAGGACCAACAAAGACUGGUGCUCUGCAGGCAACAACUACAAGUCACAGGUAUUUACUUAUUGAAUGUAACAUUUAUUUAAAUGUUGUUGGUACAUGCUAUUAAAUGUCAAAUGUUGCCAUGACUUAAUGAAUGCUUUAAAGGGACACUGUAACUGCUUCGUCUCAGCCCAUCUUCCGGUGUGCUGUUAGGGCUAAUGAGUAAGCCGAAGCCUGAGCAGAAGUGACUGGCUGAGAGUGACAGCUGGCAGCUCUUAGCCUAUCACAGAACCCAUUGCUGGGAUGAAUUGGUGUGUGUAAUCUGGCUUGGCCACAAUUCUAUUGGGGGUCAGGCUGUGGGGGCCAGUGACCCUCGUUCAGUACUAAACAUCAUGAACAUAGUUUAACACUGAAUGGAAUGGCCAUUCAGAGGAGACCAGCACGAUAACUAAUUUAAUGCUAUGAAAUAGCAGUAUUAGAACUCUGAUACAUUCUGAGAUGUUCUGAAUCCAUCUUGGCUCUUAGAGGGAUACUAUAAGUGCUAAAACAACUUUAGAGUUAGGAAUACAAACACUGUAGUGAUCCCUUAAAGGGACACUAUAGUCGCCGGAACAACUACAGCUUAAUGUAGUUGUUCUGGUGAGUAUAAUUAUUUCCUUAAGAUAUUUUCAUGCAAACACUGCCUUUUCAGAGAAAAGGCAGUGUUUACAUUGUCCCUAGGGACACCUCCAAGUGGCCACUCCUCAGAUGCCCACUGUAGAUGCUUCCUGGGCAGUGCUGCAAAGUAGGCAGCACUGCUGUUCAGCGUCUCCACGCUCUGCAUGGGGAUGCUGACUUUUCCUCAUAGAGAUCCAUCACUAUGAGGAGGUGCUGAUUGGCCAAACUGGCGUUUGGCCCCAUCUCCUUGCCGAUUUCAGCCAAUCCAAUGCUUUCCCUAUGGAUUGGCUAAAAAGCAGCAAUGCUGAUGAUGUCACCAAGGAGGCGGAUCGGGCGGGGCCAGCACCGGGACCCGUGCGGCUCUGGAAAUAAGGGGAGUUUCCUGUCCCUAUAGUGUUCCUUUAUCCCCUUAAGGACUGCUGACGGUUCAGGAUCGUCAUCUUAAAAAUCCCCUUGAGGACUGAUAACGGUCCUGAACCAUCAGAACGGUAAUAUUUCUGGGGGGACUACCUGACAGCCCAGGCCGUCCACCCUUGGCGAAUUAGGCCCCCGCAGCCAUGUGAUCUCGAACAGAGCGGUUACGUCGCCUCAAUAGGCAUCCGUGUAUCUGCCUGCAGGGGCACUGCCUGAACUGACAGGCAGUCUCCCUGCAUCUGUAAAAUAAAUAAAUGUAAAAAAAAAAUUGUUAAUAAAAUAAAUUUUAAAAAAAUAAAUAUGUCUAUCUCAUACUAAGUGUAUUGUUAUAUUAAUAUAUACAUAUUAAUAUAAAAAUACCCUUUUAAUGUUCUACCUGUAUUUUGAUAUUGUAUGUAUAUAUUUAUAUCAAAAUACACUUAGAAUGACAUAUGCGUAUAUUAGUGUUUCAAAACCGUAAAACAUAUCACAACAAUGUUAUUGUCUGUGAAAGUGCAGUUUUUUGCAUUUUUCACACACAAACUGAUGAUAUUGUUGUGAUACGUUUUCCUGUUUGGAAUACUAAUAUUUGUGUCCAGUGAAGUCUCCCGAGUAUAACAGUACCCCUCAUAUACAGGUUUUAUAGUGUCGUUUUUUUUUGUUUGUUUUUUUAAGUUACAGGGUCAAAUAUAAGGGUCGCAUUUUUUUUACAUUGAAAAUUGCCAGGUUGGUUAUGUUGCCUUUGAGAGUGUAUGGUAGCCCAGGAAUGAUAAUUACCCCCAUGAUGGCAUACCAUUUGCAAAAGAAGACAACCCAAGGUAUUGCAAAUGGGGGUAUUGAAAUAUAUUCAGUCUUUUUUAGUAGCCACUUAGUCACAAACACUGGCCAAAGUUAGCGUUCAUAAUAGUUUUUUGCAUUUUUAACACACAAAUAAAUAUAAAUGCUAACUUUGGCCAGUGUUUGUGACUAAGUGGCUACUAAAAAAGACUGGGCAUACCCCAUAUUGAAUACCAUGGGUUGUCUACUUAAAAAAAUAAAUAAAAAAAAAAUAUGUACAUGUGAGGUGUGAUUCAGAGAUUUAUGACAGAUAACAGUGUUACAAUGUCACUAUUGAUACAUUUUAAAAAUAUAUAUUUUCAAACAGCAAUUUCCUUCUUGUACUUGUAGCCCUAUAACUUCCCAAAAAAAAGCAUGUAAACACUGGUUGUUUUUUUUUUUUUUUUCGUUUUUUUUUAACUCGGGACACAAUUUUGAAUCUAUUUAGCAGUCUUUAUCAUUAGCUUUUGUGGUUAAGUAAAGAUUUUUCAAGUAAAAGUAAAAAAACAUCAUUUGUUUUUAUUUUUAAAAUUUUUCACCUUAUUUUAUUUUAAUUUUUUUGUUUUGUUUUUUUUAAAGUAAAUUGUAACUUGUAUGGGAACAGUAAAUGAGAGAGUGGAAAAUUACAGCUAAACACAAACACCACAAAAGUGUUAAAACAGCUCUGGUCCUUAACGUAGAACAUGGUCAAAACAGUCCGGUCCUGAAGGGGUUAAGCUAAAGUGUUCCUUUUAUUGCUGUUGCAAUUUCUCUUCAUUUGUCUCUAUAACAUUAAUGUUGUAGCUAUAAAAUUAACCCCCAAGAAAGCGAAUAGAGCUGUACAUCCCCCCCACCCCCACCAGAUGCAGAUGUUUCACUGUACCUUUCCCAGACACCUGUCAAUUUUAUUGCUUUGAAAACAAAAAAAUGCUUAAUUUUAUUUUUUCCCCCAGUGAGUGAAAUUACUUUUCUAUAAGAACUGAGCAUGCAUUGUAAUGGGCGUUAAAAUGAAUAUACACGUUUUAAUGUAUUAUUUCUUUACAGUAGAAUGAGCGCUAAGUACAAUUACUAUAACUAUUUCUGCCUUUUAUUAUUGUUAUUGCAUUAUUCAGCUGUAGAUUUAUAGGAAAGAACCCUGUGCUUAGAGUAAAAACAAAACCUGAAAUCUUUCUCCAGUUUUUAUAAAGAAAUACUUCAAAAUGCAAUGCUGCUUUUCAGCAGUAACUAAUAAGCUGUUUGCAUGCUGUAUUCUAUCCAUUAGAUGGCAGCAUUGCGCUGAAACCAUAGACAUGGAAUAAGACUUUUCCAAAGACCUUAUGAAGAAUGUUUGCAGGUGUUACCUGAACUUUGAGGAACAAUCUAAAGUAGUGAAACUUGAGUACACGGAUAGUGCUCAGGAGAAAGCACUUUAACGAGUUACUCUUCACCAGACAACUUUAUUUAAUCCAAACUUUGUCCUUCACUUGAGUAAGGACUUGGUUCAGAAACUCUGUUUGGAUUUACUUAAAGUAGCCUUUAGUGCAAUUAUAUGAUUACAUUUGACAAUAUCAUUUUGUUUUGAAUGAUGCAGUUUAAUAUUCAAUUCAUUUAAUAAAUGUAUAGUUAAAAAAUUCUCUGGGGUUUAUCAAAGUUUAAAUCUAUAGCCUAAUCAACUAGGGUAAAUCAAAUAGCUACAUUUGGGGACCCUAAUUUCUGUGAAGCCCCAGGAUAUACAUGUCCAGGCCUGCCCUAAAUUUAGUGGGUGUCUCUGACCCGUCUUGAGAUGUUCAAUUUGUAUUAUUCUCCUAUAAUAUAAUACUUGCGUAUAACAUUUUUACAGUAGAGGAUGGAUAUUGGCAGCCAAACUUGAUUCGGCAGAUAGAUAAGGCAUUGAGGCAAGAAGCUAAUAGGCAUUGAGACAUAGAGUAAAUGGACAGCUUGGAUUAUCGCACUCUUCAUGAUCACCUAGGGAAAAUUACCCAGCAUAUGUGAUGGUGGGCAAACUGGGUUGGAUUGAAGGAGAGGUUUCUAAAAAUGUUCUAAAUUGCUGGCCAUAUGGAGGGCAGCUGUUAAGCUGUACAUAGUAGAAAUAAAUAAAUGUAGAUAAUGGAAAAGUUAAAUAACUAUAAUAUUUUGUGGUCCUCUAAUCAUUUAGAAAAAUAAAGUUUCAAGCUUGUGUUUUUUCUUAAUGAUCUGUAAAUUAAAUUACAAACUAAACUGCUCAAAGUCAUUUAAUCACUUUGAAUGAUAUAAUGAUUUUAAAGACUGUGAAUAAGAAGUGAAAGAAAUUUUGUUGGAUAUUACUUUGUGUUUAUAACUACAGUUCAUAUUUGUACUGCAUAGCAUAUAUUAAAUUACAGAAGGAAGUACUGAGAUUUUUUUUUCUUCUUUUGUUCUCCCCAGGUGAUGCCAGUGAGAGCCCUGAAGACAUCUUUAUCAGGAAAGCGAAAGAAGGUAUGGAUGGUGAUGAGGCCCAGUUCAGUGUGGAGAUCCCAGUCACAAGCAAAGCUUACCUAUGGGCGGACAAAUACAGGCCACGAAAACCUCGUUUCUUCAAUCGUGUCCAUACAGGCUUUGAGUGGAACAAAUACAACCAAACCCAUUAUGACUUUGACAAUCCACCCCCCAAAAUUGUCCAGGGCUACAAAUUCAACAUAUUUUAUCCAGACUUGAUUGACAAACGAUCUACUCCGGAAUAUUUCUUGGAGGCUUGCCAUGACAACAAGGACUUUGCUAUAUUACGUUUCCAUGCUGGGCCUCCUUAUGAAGACAUUGCUUUCAAGAUUGUCAAUCGCGAGUGGGAGUAUUCUCACCGACACGGCUUCCGUUGUCAGUUCUCUAAUGGUAUUUUCCAGCUGUGGUUCCACUUUAAGCGCUACAGAUACAGAAGAUGAGCCAUGACCUGAAAUAAGACCAUUUCCUUCCUGUUUUUGUAUAGCAACACAAAUCAAUUUUGGAGCUUUAGUGUUAAAUAAUAAAUAUGGAAACAAACCAAGACUUUUUAGAAAUUCCAAGACCAUAAUAAAUGAUUUUGCCAAAUAUCCUUUGUGCCCUCACCCACCAGUGAGAUUGUAAUACUUUUGUACAAAUAAAAUUUUUUUCUUUAUUGUUAGCCAUGGGGUUAAAUGGAAAUUAUCCAAACGCAACUUCUUGUAACCGUAUUGGUACCCGAAUUAGUCUCUAUUGAGAUAUUGCCCAGAAUCCUUAGCUCUAUUGUUUACACUCAGCUCAUGUGCACGUCCUACUCCAUCACCUAUUACACCGUUUUUAUAUCCAGAUUUUGUUUGUUUUUCAAUUACUGGCACAUGCCCACUAACUGUUAUUUAAUUAUAGAGCAUCACAGGGGGGUGGGGGAAUGGUUAACCUGAGUUAUGUGAUUUUUCAAUAUUUUAUUGAAUGGUAUAAUUUCUAGAGAAGUGGUAGUUAAAUGUUAAAGAGAAG